AGCAGAAUAGUAGUGUCAGCAGUCAAUUCUUCCCAAAUGAAGAAUUGAUCAGAGGGAGGCAACUUUCUAAGCUGGAUGCUAAAUAUGCAUAUCGUUCUUCACAUAUCCAAUUUUGUAUUAUGUACGUUCGGUCAAUUUGAUGUGACCCAGUUGCGUUGUUGAGGUUAGUUUUGUUCUCAUUUUAACAAGGACUUUUCCCUCCAUGCUCGGGCGAAGAAACGGGAUAGCAACGGGAUGGGUGAAUAGCGGCAUCGGCCUAAAGUGAGAUGGGAUCAUUGCAUUGAUUUCUUGGGAAUUUGUUUCUGGUGUGAAGUUAUGACAAUGACUGGAUCGAUGGAAACUUCUUUCAAGCAAGCUUUAAAGAAACCUCCAUCACAAAGGACAACAGAGGACCUGCACACCGUUUACUGUCACCUCUACCACAUGGAUGUCCUGUCCCACCUCAGGGAGCACCAGCUCAGGUCGAUGUGUACCUCAGCCAGGUAUGAGAGACACGAAGCUAACCACAUCCUGUUCUACCAAGACAGCCUCGCCACAUGUUGGUACAUCCUCCUCUCCGGCUCAGUCUUCGUCAAGGAGCACAUGUACUUGGCUAGAUGCUGCUUUGGCAAGCAGCUGGGGGGCAGGCGAGGCUGUGAAUGCAUCACUUUAGAGCCGACAGAAAUGAUCGUGGUGGACAAUGCCAGCGAGGUCGAGGAGAGGGCGUUGCAGAGGGAGGCGUCCCAGAGACGUUCCCGCCGACGCUUUCGCAAAGUCAACCCCCGGGGAGAGCGGGAACUGAUCACUGACGGCCAGGAGCCCACGCUUCCCGGAGACCUCAACAAGAUGCACCUUACUGACCACCCCCACAGCCAGGGGAUGCACGUGCCGCCCAGCCAAUCAGGAUGCAGCAUCGCCAGUGAUUCGGGGAGCAGUAGCCUAUCAGACAUCUACCAGGCCACGGAGAGCGAGAUGGGUGACGUGGACCUGUCUGGGCUCCCGGAGGCGGCGGUGGACUCUGAGGAGGAGGAGGAGGAGGACGAAGACCUGGAGAGGACGUCGGACACCCUACUGGGUAGAGACCUUGUCCGGGAGUGCCUGGAGAAGGACCCCGUGGACCGCAACGAUGACGACAUCGAACAACUGUUGGAGUUCAUGCACCAGCUGCCAGCCUUUGCCAACAUGACCAUGUCAGUCCGGAGGGACCUGUGUACUGUCAUGGUGUUUGAGGUGGUGGAGCAGGCGGGGACCACGAUCCUAAAGGACAAACAGGAGCUGGACCUGUGGUAUGUGAUCCUGAACGGGGCGGUGGAGAUCAGCCAUCCAGACAGCCGCAUGGAGACCCUCUGCAUGGGCAACAGCUUCGGCAUCUCCCCCUCCCUGGACAAGCAGUACAUGAGCGGAGUGGUGCGCACCAAGGGGGACGACUGCCAGUUUGUGUGCAUCGCCCAAGAGGACUACUGGCGGAUCCUCAACCAUGUGGAGAAGAACACGCACAAGGUGGAGGAGGAGGGAGAGAUCGUGAUGGUGAAGGAACAUCGCGAGCUGGACCGCAGCGGCACCAGGAAGGGGCACAUCGUCAUCAAGGGCACCCCAGAGCGUUUGAUAUUGCACCUGGUGGAGGAGCCAUCGGUAGUGGACCCCACCUACAUCGAAGACUUCCUCCUCACCUACCGCACCUUCCUCUCCAGCCCCAUGGAAGUCGGCAAGAAGCUGCUCGAGUGGUUCAAAGUCGACAGCCUCAGAGACACGGUGACACGCAUAGUGUUGCUAUGGGUGAACAACCAUUUCAACGACUUUGAAGGUGACCCGGCCAUGACAAGGUUCCUUGAAGACUUCGAGAAGCUGCUGGAAACCACAAAAAUGAAGGGUCACCUGAGGCUGCUGAACAUAGCGUGCGCAGCCAAGGCCAAGUGGAGGCAGAUCACCCUGCAGAAACCGUCCAGAGAGUCCCCGCUCUACUUCAGCCUGCAUGGCGGCAGCGAGAGGGGCUUCGGCAUCUUCGUGGAGUCGGUGGAGGGGGGGAGCAAGGCCGCGGAGGCCGGACUCAAACGGGGAGACCAGAUAAUGGAGAUCAAUGGUCAGAACUUUGAGAACAUCUCCUACAUCAAAGCUAUGGACUUCCUGAGGAACAACACACACCUCUCCCUCACAGUCAAGACCAACAUCUUCGUGUUCAAAGAGCUGCUAAGCCGGAUCGUUCACGAGAAGAAGAAUGGCGUUCCGCACAUUCCCAAGAUCCAGGAGAAGAAGGGCAACCGCUUCUCCAUCCCGGACCUGCCUGGAGACAUGGAGUUCCCCACAGACCACAAGGCCACCAAGAAGAUGAAGGCCAACACCGUUUCUGGAGGACGGAACAAGAUCAGGAAGAUGCUAGAGAAGACCCGCUUCAGCAUCCUACCACCUAAACCCUUCAGUGAUGGUGGCGUGGGUCAGUCUCAGGAUGACAGCAUAGUGGGCACUAAGCAGUGCAGGCACAGCGUGGCCAUCAUGCCCAUCCCUGGCAGCCUCUCAUCCAGCAGCCCUGACCUGCUGCAGCCAGCCACUAAUGUGUUGGACUUCUCCAAUCCAGCAGACAUUCCAGACCAGGUGAUCCGGGUGUUCAAGGCCGACCAGCAGAGCUGUUACAUCAUCAUCAGCAAGGACACCACGGCCAAGGACGUGGUCAGUCACGUGGUCAACGAGUUUGGCCUGAGCGCGGCCCCGGAGAACUACUCCCUCUGUGAGGUGUCGGUCAGCCCCGAGGGCGUCAUCAAACAACGCAGGCUACCUGACCAGCUCUCCAAGCUAGCUGACCGCAUCCAGCUCAACGGCAGGUACUACCUGAAGAACAACAUGGAUACGGAGACGUCGUGUUCAGACGAUGACGCCCAGGAGCUGCUGAAGGAGAGUCACAUCACCCUGCUCCAGCUCAGCACGGUGGAGGUGGCCGCCCAGCUCUCCAUGAGGGACUUUGAGCUGUUCCGUAACAUCGAGUCCACCGAGUACGUGGACGACCUCUUCAAGCUACUGGACUCCUCGGCGGGAGUCCAGCAGACGCGCCUCAAGCAGUUUGAGGAGGUCAUCAACCAGGAGACCUUCUGGGUCGCCACGGAGAUCCUGAGGGAGCCCAACGCCAUGAAAAGGAUGAAGACCAUCAAACACUUCAUCAAGAUUGCUCUGAACUGUCGAGAGUGCAAGAACUUCAACUCCAUGUUCGCCAUUAUCAGUGGCCUAAAUCUGGCUCCAAUAGCUCGUCUCAGGUCAUCGUGGGAGAAGCUGCCCAGUAAGUACGACAAGCUGUUCCGCGACCUGCAGGACAUCUUCGACCCGUCCAGGAACAUGGCCAAGUACCGCAACGUCCUGAGCAGCCAGAGCAUGCAGCCGCCCAUUAUCCCCCUGUUCCCCGUCGUCAAGAAGGACCUCACCUUCCUACAUGAAGGUAAUGACUCUAAAGUAGACGGUCUGGUGAACUUUGAGAAGCUGAGGAUGAUCGCCAAGGAGAUCCGUCAUGUUGUCCGUAUGACCUCAGCCAACAUGGACCCAGCUCUUAUGUUCCGACAGAGGAAGAAGAGGUGGAAGAGUUUAGGGUCUCUGAGUCAGGGCAGCACCAACUCCAACAUGUUGGACGUGCAGGGCGGGGCCCACAAGAAGCGCGUGCGUCGCAGCUCGCUGCUCAACGCUAAGAAGCUGUACGAGGACGCUCAGAUGGCCCGUAAGGUCAAGCAGUACCUGUCCAACCUGGCGGUGGAGACUGACGAGGAGAAACACCAGAUUAUGUCUCUACAGUGUGAGCCUGUUUACAGCACCUUGUCCAAGAACCUGAGUGAGCGACGGUCCACCAAGUCGGACAUCUCUCCUGUGUCGCUGCGCUCGGCGCUGCCCGGGGGGAAGGCCCAGAACCGCGUGUCCCAGGUGCUACAGAUCCAGGUACCCCUCUACCCCCAACGGAAGAAGAGCACCGCCAAGGACAUUCACGCCACACACAACUCCAGCUCUCCCCUAGUGAUAAAGAGGCCUCCCAGCUCCCAGCUCAGCCAAUCAGAGGACAGUCCCUGGAGUGGGAAGAGGUCUGCUGAAGACACCGUGUCCAUCGUGUCCUCCCUGCACUCCAGCCCCACCAUCUCGCCACAGGGAUCCCCGCGCAAAGUGGGUGGCAUGGCCAAGCCCCAGCAUAACUCCAACAGCCAAAUGAACAUGUCUGGCUCGUCGUCCUCUCUGACCAGCGAGGCCAGCACCAAGGCGGGCACGGCGGGCACCCGCAGCUACGGCAUAGGCUAUGCCCUGAUGCCUGCAGUGAUAUCCGACAACCUGUCCGACUCCAGCCACAGUGAGAUCUCGUCCCGCUCCAGCAUCGUCAGUAACUGCUCUGUGGACUCAAUGCCUGCUGGCUCUGCAGAGGAGCGCCAAGGCACCAAGGCCAGGGACACCACUGAGACCCCAGGCAUCACCAUGCAGCUCACACACGCCGACUCUGACUGCAGCCAGCCCAGCACCAGUUCGUUGGCGCGGGGCCAGGUGAUGCGGGGUUCCACCUUCACCUCCUCCACCUCCACAGAGGAGCUGACUCCCGACCACGUCUCCCUGGACAGUGUGGCCGACAGCGGGCGGGGCAGCUGGACCUCCUGCUCCUCCAACUCCCACGACAGCUUUCAGAGCUUGCCUGUCCCCCUGCUGGGCCGACCCCCCACCUGGGACCACCUAGUGCCUGGGGGUUUCCGCCACACCCAGCUAGCAGGGCCUAUAGUGGAGGUUGAGGCUGGGCCGGCCUGGGUUGGGGUAGCGGGAGGACCGGGGACGGGAUCCGGGGGAGGAGAGGACGCCAAGAGGCUCUCCAGAGACAGUUCAGAGCUAAACCAAUCACGGCAGAGCUGGGCCUCAUCCUCCUCGCUGUCGGACACCUACGAGGGGAACUACGGCACCAUCAAACGCCGCACUACCGAAGGCGUCUCCGCCGCCCCUGGGGAGAGCCCUGACGCACCCCAAAGCACAGAUCCCGUCUACAAAAUGGUCACCUCAAGCACAGAGAAAGGCCUCAUAGUGUACUGUGUAACCUCCCCCACCAAGGACGAUAGGUACAGGGGGCCUCCCCCCACCCCUCCGGGAUACCAGGGCCUCACCCUGGUCGAUGGACAGGAUGGAGCUCCCCUGCGACCGUCCCACUUGCGGCCGCCUGACUAUAGCGUGGCUCUGCAGAGGUCUAAGCUGCUACAGAGCCCCGGAGGCCUGGUGGAGGCCCGGAGACUGGGGGUUAAUCUCCUCCACCACGAAUCCCAGAGCCAGUCCCGGCCGGCCAGCGUCUGCCUUCAGGGCCUAGGGGAUAGUGAGGAUGAUGAGCAGGUGUCAGCGGUGUAGAGCUGGCUGGUCGCCUGAACGGACACUGCAGGCCGUUGGAGAGGGAGGGAGGGGUGGUCUAAGCUACAGCAGCUUCCUUGCUGCCUCUCCUCUGGGUUCACGCCCCGCUCUAGGCCCUCCCCGGCUCGGCCGACAGCUGCUCAAUGCUAAACCAACGACGCCCCACAGAACUAGUACAAUCAUCUGUUUUACUCCAUUUUAAAAUUGGUUUAGAAGCUCCCACGUUUUUAGACUCCCACACCCCUGAAACAUAACUGUAUACAGACUGAGAUGUGGUGUGACGUCGCGGCAUAUGGCGCAGGCGUUUGGGGACGCUGUGCUGAGGGUGAAGAAGGGAUGGACGAUGCCCGCUGAUGUCUUUUUUUACAGUACCUCUAUUUGCUUUUGUGCUCUCAUGUCCCGGGUGUUUUAAAUGAGUUUUUCCUCAGUCGUUGCUUGAAAGUGUUUUUUUUUUUUUUGUUUCCGUUUGCUUGAAGCUCUCUGUUUUUAAAUGGCAUGUGAACACAAGUUAUAUGAGAAUAUCCAGGAAGGGAGAAAUUCGGGAACAAUACAUUUUUCUUCUCGUUAGUUGAUGAAGCAGAGAUCAAGCAGGCUGCAGAAACUCUCCACAAAUACUUUUAUUGUGAGGGGCAGUGAGUGAGUGAGGGGCGGUGAGUGAGUGAGGGGCGGUGAGUGAGUGAGGGGCGGUGAGUGAGUGAGGGGCGGUGAGUGAGUGAGGGGCGGUGAGUGAGUGAGGGGCAGUGAGUGAGU